UGGACUAACCUGCUCCAAGUUUUUUUUUCUUUCUUUUUUUGGGGAUCUGCCCACUUCUGCUUCACGUUUGCGUAAAAAACAUCGCACCUCGGUUCCUUAUUUAUGAUGACAUGAGGUGCAAGUUUUUUCGUUUUGGUUUAUUUUGCUUUUUCUUCUCCAAGCUCGGGACUGGAUGUGACUUCUUUAGGAUGAAGAAGGAGGAUGAAGUUGAGUAGCUCCAGCAGCCGUCGCUCUGAUAUGAGAUACUCGAACUGCAUCUGCAACGUUGGCUGACAUCCUCAGAUCACAGUGGAUCAGACGCAUUCAUUUUGUGUGGACACCAGCCAGAGAGCAAGAUGAGGCGCCUCUAUGACUUUUUAAAUUGCACCUAAGAGAGAGAGGGGGGUCUCUUUUUUUUUCUUUACCCUGCUACUACUGCAGGGAGCGACGCUUUCUGCCUUCAGCUGCCUGAACGAGUUGGGAUCUUGCAUCUAAGUGGAUACUUUGGAAGACAAAGACAGCAGUUGUUCCACUGUUUCCAUAACCUCAGAGCAUACAAAAGAACGAUUUAAAAAUGAAGAAGUUUCGGAAGGUGUUGGAUGGUUUGACCACCUCCUCUCCUGGAGGAACUAUAGGAUCGCCAUCGUGCGGCAGCGCCGCUGGGACUCCCACCGCGGCGCCAACUCCCAAAGAGAUCGACGUCCAGGAGACACUCGUGUCGGAAAACUUUCAGCUGUGUAAGACGGUGCGCCAUGGGUUCCCUUACCAGCCCACUGCUUUGGCCUUCGACCCUGUGCAGAAGAUCCUGGCCAUCGGCUCGAGAUCAGGCGGCGUACGAAUCCUGGGACGACCUGGGGUGGACUGCUACUGUCAGCAUGAGAGCGGAGCAGCUGUUCUUCAACUGCAGUUUCUCAUCAAUGAGGGGGCGCUGGUCACAGCCUGUGCAGAUGAUACGCUGCACUUGUGGAAUCUGCGCCAGAGGCGGCCGGCUGUCCUGCAUUCACUCAAAUUCAACAGAGAGAGGAUUACUUUUUGCCACCUGCCGUUUCAGAGUAAAUGGCUGUAUGUGGGGACGGAGCGUGGAAACACACACAUUGUCAACAUCGAAUCCUUUAUUUUGUCCGGAUACGUCAUCAUGUGGAACAAGGCCAUAGAACUAUCAACUAAAACUCACCCCGGACCUGUAGUUCAUUUGAGUGACAGCCCAAAGGAUGAAGGCAAGCUGCUUAUAGGGUUUGAGAGUGGAACGAUUGUACAGUGGGACCUCCGGGCCAAGAAGGCCGACUUCAGAAUCUAUUAUGAUGAGGCCAUCCAUUCAGUCAGCUGGCAUCAUGAAGGGAAGCAGUUCAUGUGCAGUCACUCAGAUGGCAGCCUGACACUAUGGAACCUCAGAAACACCACCAGGCCAUUCCAGGUCACCUUCCCUCAUGGAAAGAUACAGAAGGAUGGCAGGAAGGAAUCAUGUAAACCCAUACUCAAAGUGGAGUACAAGACCUCAAGAAGCAGCGAGCCUUUUGUUAUCUUCUCUGGGGGUCUUUCAUAUGACAAGGCAGGACGACGGCCAACAUUAACCAUCAUGCACGGCAAGGCCAUCACUGUGCUGGAGAUGGACUAUCCUAUUGUAGAGUUCAUGGUGCUCUGCGAGACCCCUUACAACAAUGAAGUACAGGAGCCUUAUGCAGUGGUGGUGCUUUUGGAGAAGGACUUAAUCGUGGUGGAUCUGACACAGAGCAACUUCCCUGUCUUUGAGAACCCAUACCCCAUGGAUAUCCAUGAGUCUCCAGUUACCUGCACAGCCUAUUUUGCAGACUGUCCACCAGACAUUAUCCCCAUCCUCUACUCUAUAGGAGCUAAACACAAGAAGACUGGCUACAGUCAAAAGGAAUGGCCAAUUAGUGGAGGAACGUGGACAUUAGGCUCCCACACCUACCCAGAGAUCAUCAUUACAGGACAUGCUGAUGGAUCAAUUAAGUUUUGGGAUGCUUCUGCAAUCACACUGCAGAUGUUGUACAAGCUGAAGACCUCCAAAGUGUUUGAGAAGCCAAAGCCGGGUGAAGGUCGGGCUGCCGAGUUGGUAGAAGAAGACCCUUUUGCUGUUCAGAUGGUCAGCUGGUGUCCUCAGAGUCGUAUCUUCUGUGUGGUUGGCAUCUCAGCUCACAUCAUCCUGUAUCGCUUCAGCAAGUAUGAUGCCAACACUCAGAUAGUGUCACUUGAAGUACGCUUGCAGUGUGAGUCAGAGGAUGUCAUUUCCCCAUCAGAGAAUGAAAACAAUCCCUGCUUCUCAGAGCAAGGCUCCCACUCACCCCAACCUCACCACCAACACCCAGCUAGUCCUGGCAACAGGACACCGGAGGGUAUCAAAGACAGCAUUCCUUGCCUCAAGGUGAAGGACCGGGUUGUUCGGGUCCCACCUGGCUACCAGUCAGAGUUGGUUAUCCAGCUGCUGUGGGUAGAUGGAGAACCUCCACAGCAGAUUACCAGUUUGGACAUCAACUCUGCCUAUGGCCUCUUGGCGUUUGGGAACUGUAAUGGCGUAGCGGUGGUGGACUACUUGCAGAAAACCAUCCUGUUGUGUAUGUCGACACUGGAUCUGUACGGAGCCGCCGACCCUUACCAGCGCCUUACCCGUUCCCCCCGCAGGAACAGACAGUCCACCUCAGAGUUUUGCAUGCGUGGCCUGUCUAACUUUUAUUCAGAUUCAAAGAAAAGGAUCCGUACAUCCUAUCAGAGCCUUACUGAACUCACUGACAACCAGCAGUCCAUUGACAUGGAGAGAAGCAAGUCGCCCACUUCAGUCUAUGUCUGUUUUGUUGGAUCUCCUGUUCCAGUUCAUUACCCAACCUCCCUUCACAAUGACCCACGCAUCCUGCCAGAGCCUGUGGCCAGUCUGAGAGCCAGCCACUGCAGUCCAGUCUUUUACUUACUGGACAAUGUAAAGGGACCCGGCAGAAAGUUAAGUCUGCCAACAGAUCUUAAGACCGAUCUUGAUCAUGUCAAUGGACAUUGCACUAGCCCCACCUCCCAGCCCUGCUCGGCGGGGAAGCCUCGCGUUCCGAUGGGUCCCGAGGGGCCACGGCUUACCCGCAGAGGCCCUGGCCGACCACCCUUCCGCAAGGCCCAGUCCGCUGCUUGCAUGGAGAUCUCUUUGCCUGUGUCCCACACUGAAGUAGGGCAUGCAUCCAGGAGGGCAAUGCUUCAGCAGUUACACGGAGUCACUAUGUACUCCCACGACGAGCACCACACCACCGCCUCCUACUGCUGGAGUGAGAGAGAGAGUCGUGAAAACUCCUUCAGCCGCUCGCGCAGUUCCAGUGUGUCCAGCAUUGACCGGGACACCAAAGAGGCCGUCACCACACUGCAGUUUGGAGAGUCCUAUGGGCGCAAGAGUGACGCCCUGCCCACCCCAUGUCUGUGGGUGGGCACUAGCUUAGGUGUGGUCCUGCUCAUCCCAAUGUCAAUUCCCACCGACCAGGAGGAGAGGAUGGAGGAGCCGGUCACCAUUGGUCCUAGCGGAGCGGUCCUCAUGCUGAAGGGCUCUGUGUUGCGCUUUGCCUUCCUGGACCUCGUGGGAGCUCUCAUUCAGAGUCCCUACGAGGUUUGGCGAGACCUCAACGCCCCCGAGGACCCUGACCGACCGCGAAGGCGCAAGUUGGUCCACUUCUCACCAUCAUCUUCCCAAGACGCCUGCGGAGACGGGCAUUUGGCAGUGGUUUGCUCUGAGAGGCAGGCCAAGGUUUUCUUAAUGCCCUCGCAGUCUUGCCUCUUUGUCCACAACAUCACAGAGUCAUCCUUUGUACUGCGAGCCGAUGUGGUGUCUGUGUGUAACAGUGUGUGCCUCGCCUGCUUCUGUGCUAACGGGCACGUCAUGACGCUCAGUUUGCCCAGCUUAAGGCCACUGAUGGAUGUUAAUUACCUGCCUCUGACAGACAUGCGCAUUGCAAGAACCUUCUGCUUCACCAACGGGGGGCAGGCACUAUAUCUCAGCUCCCCCACAGAGAUCCAGAGAAUCACAUACAGCCAGGAGAUGUGUGACAACCUGCAGGAAAUGCUGGGAGAGCUGUUUACACCUAUAGAAACACCGGAAGCCCAGAACAGAGGAUUUUUGAAGGGCUUCUUUGGAGGAAAUGCCCACACCUUCGACAGAGAAGAGCUUUUUGGUGAGGCAGCAGCUGGUAAGGCUUCUCGGAGUCUGGCGCAGCACAUCCCUGGGCAGGGAGGGGUGGAGGGCAUGAAGGUUGCAGCGAGCGGAGCGGUGGGCGAGCUGGCACGGGCUCGUAUCGCUCUGGAUGAGAGAGGCCAGCGGCUGGGGGAGCUGGAGGAACGAACCGCCCUGAUGAUGACCAGUGCAGAGACCUUCUCCAAACACGCUCAUGAGCUGAUGCUGAAGUGCAAGGACAAGAAGUGGUACCAGUUCUAAUAGCAGGACGGAGGGCUGAGGCUGCCCUUGGACUGCUGGGAACUUUAUGCCGCAACGGGACUUUCACUUAAAAAAUGAAAGCAAUUAACAGAGCGACACAAGAGUGACUUUGUCUUUAUGGCUUCUGACUAUACAGCACUGUCACAUUGCUGAAUGACGAGGACGGGCGAGUGCCUCGUCUAGACAGGCAAUGAUGAGGACAGAGGGAGAAUGGCGGCAUUUGAAAGUCUGAAGAUGGAACUGGAAAAAUCCGACAUGUUUGCGUGUGUGUGUGUGUGAGUGGCUGUUUGUCUGAGUGUGAGCUUGUGUGGUUGGAUUUUCUGGACCUUACUGUGUAGAUACUCAAAAGUUAAGAAACCAACAAGAAAUGCAUGAACCAACAAUGGAUGACUAUUAAAAAUAUACAACUGCCAUAUUAAAAAGCAGCAUGCUACUUUAACAGGAGAUUCAAAAAUAAUUAAAAAAAAAGUUUUAUUUAUGAUGUAAGCCAACAACAGAAACUAUGAAAAACUUUAUAUUUUUUGAGAUAUUGACAAAAACUAUAUAUAAAAAGGGAAAUGUAUACCUGCAUUGCUAUUAAGCCAAAACUUGUGUUACUUUCCCUUUUUUAUUUUUCUUUUUUAGUUGACUUCGUUUUCUUUCUUAGUCUCAGCAAAUAUUACUUGAUACAAUAUAAAUGCACAUAGUUAACUUUCUCUUCACACACUUAGAAUAAUGCUAAAACUUUGUUCUUACUUCAAUUACUCUGGGCUGCACAGUGCAAAUAUAAAUCAGUAGUAUUAACACUUUAACUCUACACAGUCUAAUCACACUGAUCUAUUUUCACUUUUCGGCUGCUGCUACUUACAAAAGCAUUAAAUGAUGAUGAGGGAUAUCUCACCUCCUCAACUGCAGUUGUAUGAAAACAGAGAUUGGAGAGAUUGGUGUUAGAUGUAAGCCAAUGCUGAGAGAUACAGGCAUAUUCUGAACAGUGUGUUUAUAUCUAUAAUAUAAACUUGUAUACUAUUCACGUGCCAUAGAAAACAAAAUGGAUGAGUCCACUCACUGCAAACUAACUAAUAAAGAGCUAAUAAGUGGUAGUCAUCACAGUUUCCCUGUUAAUCACAACAGGUGAGGCAUGACACUUGGAGGUGGUCGUAGAGGGCAUAUAUCAAAGCUAAACAAGUCUGUUUUCUUUAUGAAAAGCAAAAUAUGAGGGUGUUUUUAUUUACUUUACUUGAUUGUCACUGGAUCACCAUUUGAGUCUUUAGCUGCCUUUGUCAGACGUACGAGUUUAGUGAGCCAUUAGGUCGUGUGUGUGUGAGUGAGAGAGAGAAAGAGUGCCACAAAUGUUAAAUCGGACUCUUUCUCUGCCAAAGCAAUCAAAAAUGAAUGACACCCUCCCAUCUCUCUCCACCUCAGUCUUGUGGUUUGUGCAUUUUCAGCGUUAAACCCGAGCAGUCCUCUUUUCAUAAUGGCAGACGAUACCCAUAAUGACUCACUGUCUGUGUGACGGGAGAAUGAAGAGGAGUUGGAAUCACAUCUGUUUAAUCACUACCGACUCCCUUGUGAGUUGUUUAAUGGUUCAGGAGAAGUAACAGUAUUUUUUUCUUAGUGAUGUUCAGAUGUUGAGUCAGUGAAGAAACUAUGUACAUGUGUAAAACAUUUGCGGCAAUUUCAACUGAAGGCAAAUAUGUUUUUUUUUCAAUAUUGUUCUUGAUGACUAUGAUAUCCUUGUGUCGCAGUCCUAUAUUUGAUGGUAAUGGCCUCUUAACUGAAGGCUCUUGUAUUUUAAAAUCAGCAAAUGUUUCAUGAUACAUGGUUGUGUAUCAUAUUGUGAUUGUGUUGUAUGUCAGUGGGUAGCCAUGCAACACGGACAAACAGCAUUAAGUGAGGAGGAUGUUUUGUACUUGUGUAUUUGUCUGUAUUUUGAACUGAUCUGAAAAUCAAAUGGAGGCUUAUCGAAAUCCAUCUCUCACAGAUUAGGCCUUUACGCACCUGAGCAUCAACACACAUGAAGUACUACGCCUUGAUCAUGUUGACAUUGCUCCCGCAUAAAUAGGCACAGCGACACACUCGAAGCUUAAAAGAAUUACAGACACAAGUGAGUCUGCAUUGCUAGUCAUUUCUGCCUGCUUUCUGUCAGGCUGCUGAGACAUUCCUUAGGCUUGGACGGCCUUCAAACCCAUUUAUAAUAAAACUCAGUUCACCUGAAAUCCUAAAGCCGAGCCCCACGGAAUUCAGGAAUUGCACAUGAUUUGAUUCAAUAGGGUGUCUUAAACAUGUCAAAACAGUAAUAAUGAUACAUUUCUCUCCUAUCUCUGUACCGUCAAUGAGAUUUGUGUUCAGUGCAGUUCUUUCAAUGGCAGAGAAAACACACAAAAAAGAAAACAAAAAAACAAAACCAAAAUAAAAUUUAAAAAAAUCUGACUUCUGCUGACAGGGUGUUUUGUUAGUAUGUUUUCGGUUUGUAUGUUUUCAGUUUUUAUAUUAAUUGUACAGUUCAAAUUGGGUGAACGGUGAAACAAAAAAUGAUAAAAGAUAUUCUUGGGAUAUUUUCUCUGUAUAUGUUGUACCUGUUACUGCUGGUACUGUAUCUGGUAUUCUGGCUCUGUCUAAAUCACUGGAACUAUGUAGUUCUUCAUGCUGUAGUAUGCUGAAAAGGCAUUUAUUUGGUUUUCUCAAUGAUGGCAGCAAAGUUUGUCUUAUUUAAAUGGAUUCUACCACUUUUUGUUCUUCUUGAUAUUAUACUAGUGUAAUAGAAAUUACUUGACAAAAAAAGAUCUGAAAAUAUGUUGAUGCAAAAGCAAACUGAAAUAAACAUUGAUUGAUGUACACA